AUCUUCCCCCAAAAAAGAAUAAUCAAUUAAUCAAUUGAAACAAUAUUCAUCAAAUUGCCCAAUCUAUAAAGUGGAGGAAAAUUGGUUAGAAAAUUAAUUUUUUGGAUUUCUUUUUUAAAAUCAAGGAAAUUGGUGGAUGAGAUUAAGAGGGUUUUAUUUUUAUUUUCCCCUAAUUUUCAGUCCACGAAUGAGAUUCGAUGACAAGAACGAACGAUCCCACGAAUUUUGUUCAGGUGAGAAGUCCAAUUGAUUGCUGGAAAGAGACAAGUCUCAGAAAUGGAACCCAUCUCUCUCUGCAAUCGUAAUAUUGCGGCGGUUGGAAUCUCACCGCUCUUGUUCUUCAGUACCCACAGUGUUCCGACCGCUGGCUACUGCUCGUUUACUCCUAAAUUUGGAAAACCAUCGCUCUGUUCUUCUUCGGUUGGAGUUAAGUGCAGUUCUGGUAGUGGGAAGAAUGGAGAUCUUGAUGAGGAUGAUGAACCCUUCACAACUUCUUGGGCUUACAGUGUGCUGGGACUUCACCCUCAAUGCUCAUCUGCGCAAGUCAAAGCUGCUUUUCGAACCAAGGUGAAGCAGUUUCAUCCGGACCUAAAGAGAGGUGGGCAAGACUCGGAUGUAAUGAUUCGGCGUGUAAUUCAAGCCUAUGAGACAAAAAAGAGACCUUUGGUUCUGAGGGGACCACGGUAUUGGCGUAUUGCAUUGGUUCGACAUUGUUCUCACUCCAGAUACCGUGGAGAAUGUUUGGAUCCAUUUGACCAACCAGAAUGUGAAGCAUUUGAUGUCUUCGUCAAUGAGGUUCUUUGCAUUGGCAAAGGCUGUCCAUAUUCGUGUGUAAAUAGAGCACCUCAUGCUUUCAAAUUCUCUUCAGUAACAGGGACAGUGCGUGCAGCUUCUCAAGGGCAUGCUGAGGACUAUCAAGUUCAGCUUGCAGUUGGUCAGUGUCCGAGAGGUUGUAUUCAUUAUGUUACACCAUCACAGAGAGUUAUUCUAGAGGAGCUUCUUGACACCAUACUAAACAUGCCAUAUGAUACUUCAUCUGAGGCCGAGCUACUCUAUUCUCUCAUUGUUAAAGCCAACUACGAGAACAAUCGAUAUCAAACUCCUAAGAGGAAUGCCAAGGUCUCUAGUAAGCAUGUCGAUUGGUUCUAAACCCCUGUCAAUCACUAAGAUCAACAGAGCCGGUGAGGCCCACUGUCCAUUCGAGAAGAUAGAGAAUGCCUCUAUUCACAGUUAUCUUGCGAUGGAGGUUCAUUCUAUUUAAGACAUACACACCGAAGACUCUCUGGGAUGAUUGUAUGUAACUUUUCACACGGCAGCCCAUAAUUUCAAUGAGCCAAGUGAAGCAUUAUACAGCUAAGAUCAGAACACAGAUGACUGUAGUUGUAUUAUGCAUUAAUUCCUUGAUACACAAUAUAGCUACAGAAUUACUUGCCCACAUACACAAACAGUGAUUGUCAACUGCAUUGCCUGACGGUCAAUUACAAUAUAGAAUGCACUUGAAAACUGCUGAGAAA